AGAACAAACGCGGUUGCUCUUCCGGGUGACCGCGUGCAGACGAACGCGAGAGACGUUCGCUGCGCGAGUGAAAGAAGUGGUCCAGUCGCUUUGCUUGGCGGAUCGUCGAAAUGGUGAAGUUGUCGGCGGAGCUGAUCGAGCAGGCUGCUCAGUACACCAACCCCGUGAGAGACAGGGAGCUGGACUUACGAGGUUACAAAAUCCCAGUGUUGGAAAAUCUUGGAGCCACUCUCGACCAGUUUGACACAGUUGACUUCUCUGAUAAUGAGAUCAGAAAACUGGAUGGCUUCCCUCUUCUCAGAAGGCUGAAAACACUACUCCUUAACAACAACAGAAUCUGUCGUAUUGGUGAGAACCUGGAGCACUCCCUGCCCUGUCUGAAAGAGUUGAUUCUCACAAGCAACAACAUUCAGGAGCUGGGUGAUUUGGACCCAUUGGCCUCAGUAAAGUCAUUGACGCUUCUCAGUUUGUUAAGGAAUCCUGUCACAAACAAGAAACACUACAGGCUGUAUGUCAUCAACAAAAUCCCCCAUCUCCGUGUUCUGGACUUCCAGAAGGUGAAGCUCAAAGAACGCCAGGAGGCAGAGAAAAUGUUCAAGGGCAAACGGGGUGCGCAGCUUGCGAAGGAUAUUGCCAAGAGAACAAAAACGUUCACCCCUGGUGUGGUUGCACAGCCUGAGAAGAAGAGGACGGGGCCAUCUCAAGCAGAUGUCGAAGCCAUAAAGAAUGCCAUAGCUAAUGCAUCCUCGUUGGCGGAGGUGGAGAGAUUGAAAGGGAUGCUUCAGGCUGGUCAAAUUCCUGGUCGGGAUGCCAGACAAGGUCCACCUGGGAUGGUGGAGGAGGAAGAAGAGGAAGAUAGUGAGGUUGUGCAGAUGGGGCAUGGUGCAGGAGACGCAGUGAUGGAUGAAGGAGGAGAGGAAGAAGAUGAUAAUAUGGAGGAGGACCCACCGGUUAACGGCUCCUAAAUGAAUACCUGUGACAUCGGGUUUUUGUUUUUUUAAUCGUUAUGUAUGAAACUGUUUUUUGUUUUGUUUUUGUGUUCAAUGAGUUCUGCCAAUUAAAGUUUAUAGCA